AUUGCUGUUUACUAUUUAUAUCAUUUUACGAGAAAGAAAUAGACUGUCAUCGUAAAAGGAACCUCAUUUUGAUUUGCUAUUUCCUCCUGUAGACACACGACUUCUUGCAAAUUUCACGUUUAGAAAUCCAACUUCAUCACUAUGUCAGGUCGAGGUGGUAAAAAGAGGGGUAAAUCGCUGUCCAGGUCGGCCAGGGCUGGGGUGCUUUUUCCGGUGGGUCGGAUGUGUCGCUACCUCCGUAUCGGCACCCACCAUCAGCGCAUUGGAGCCGGUGCACCCGUUUACUUAGCAGCUGUGAUUGAGUAUUUAACCGCUGAAAUAUUGGAGCUUGCCGGUAACGCUGCACGGGACAACAAAAGGGGUCGCGUCACUCCUCGGCACAUUCUCCUUGCUAUUGCCAACGAUGAGGAACUACACCAACUCCUACGUCAUGUGACCAUUGCUAGCGGUGGGGUACUUCCAAAGAUACACCCCGAGUUGCUCGCCAAGAAGAGAGGACCAAAGUCUAAGAUGUUCUAUGAUUCCCAACCAUCUCCUACACCAGUCAAGAGGCCUGUCGUUAAGACAGCCGCACAAAAGAAAGAUACCCCCUCGACCUCGAAGAAAGGAGCUACAAAGAAUACACCUAAGAAGGUUGUUGGUAAAACUCAAGCAAAGACUAAAGGAAAGGGCUCAGGGAAGUCUGUACUUUCAGAGAAGAGACUUUUUCUAGGACAAAAGUUGACAGUGGUGCAGUCCAACAUUGCUGAAAUAGUUGCUGAUGCGGUAGUCCAUCCGACCAACUCAAGCUUCUAUUUAGGUGGUGAAGUAGGAUCUGCUUUAGACAGUGCAGGAGGCAAGGAGUUUAGAGAUGAAAUCAACAAACUGAAGGCUGCCCAAGGAAACCUUGAAGUUGCUGGAGCUGCCAUGUGUCAGGGUCAUAACUUUCCAGCGAAGUAUGUCAUCAGUUGUCACAGUCCGUCUUGGGGUGGCUCUAACGCUGUAUCCAAUCUUGAAAAGUGUGUGAAGAAUUGCUUAGUUCUCGCUGAUGAGAAAAAUCUGACUUCAAUUGCUCUGCCAUCUAUUGGGAGCGGAGGAAACGGUUUUCCGAAGCAGACAGCGGCUGAGACUAUUCUGCAGACAAUUAGUAAGUACUUUGUGACCGUGAUGUCCUCGUCACUCAAGCAAGUGUUCUUUGUGCUUUACGAUCAAGAUAGUAUCGACGUCUAUACAAGAGAAUUAUCUCGACUAGAGGUCGAUCAAAAUUAAGAUUUUACAAUUUUAUUGAUCCUAUAGACUGUUGCGAAGAUUUGUACUCUUUCAGAUUUCUAUUACAAUAACCUUAAAAAAAAACUAAUUAUUGCUUUUUUAUUAUUAUAACCUUAACUUUAAAAGGAACAGUCACUUCGCCAAAAGAAUUUUGUUCCAAAAUUUUACUAUCUUGAUUUUUAGCAUAGCAUUUUAUUUUAAGUCACCAUAAAUUUUCACAAUGAUUUUGACAUUUAUAUUUAUGCAAACGGUAUAAAUUAUUUUGACAUAUAUAUUUAUGCAAAUGGUAUAAAUAUUCAAAUGAACAGUUAGCCUAUAAGGCAGAAUGUAACUUUCAUAGUGUUGAUAAAGACGGAAGAUUUUAACAAAAAAAUAAGUUAAAAUCUUAAACUCAUGUAAUCAUUGUGAAGUAUGAAUUGAGAUGAUAUUUUUAGGACAUGUUAUUAAAGAGGAAUGAUUCGAGUCCAACUUUUGGCAACAGUCUUUAGAAUUCGGAGCCUCAAAUGGUUGAAUUAAGGAGUUUUGGCUGUAGGUAGUUUUUAAAAUUUGUCUUCGUUCACCGAUAUCUGCUAUAUUUGCUGUCAUUAUAUAUAGUGCACUGCUUAUAAUUCAAGUGUACAUUUACUUUGUAUCUGUCUUUAUGGGAAAGCAUACAGAAAGCAUUUUCAACUUACAAAACAAAUACCCUUUAGAAUAAACACAAAGCCGGUUAGAUGUGACACAAGAUUCUGUCUCCCUGCUGUCGAUUUCACAAAACGAUUAAUCUUAUCUUGAGUUAGGACGAGUAACUCGUCCUAACUUAGGAUUAAUCU